AUAGUCGUGGCCUCAUAAAGCACAUCUCGUUGUCUCGUUGACUAUUGUCUUUCUCGCGCUUUCUCAACAGUUCUAUAAUCUCCCUUCAUUUCCCCUUCCAAUCUCUCUUUCCUUAACUCACUCUCACAGUCUCACAUUCAUCAAUGGCAACAUCUGAAUCUCGCAUCAGCACCAACACCAACACCAUCCGCUUCGGAAUCUUAGGGUGCGCCGAGAUCGCCCGCAAAGUCUCCCAAGCCAUUAUUCUCUCUCCUAACUCCACUCUCCACGUAAUCGGCAGUCGCUCCAUUGAAAAGGCUCGAGCUUACGCAAAAGCCAAUAAUUUCCACCCCACCACAAAAAUUUACGGAAGUUACGACGAAGUUCUCGAUGACCAUGAAGUCGAUGCCGUUUACAUUCCAUUACCGACCAGCCUCCACGUGGAAUGGGCGGUUCGUGCUGCCGAGAAGAAGAAACAUAUCCUUUGCGAGAAGCCGGUUGCGUUAAAUGUUAAGGAUUUGGAUGUCAUUUUAAAUGCUUGCGACUCGAAUGGGGUGCAGUUUAUGGAUGGUACUAUGUGGAUGCAUCAUCCAAGGACAAGGAUUAUGGCUGAUUUUUUGGCUGAUUCUCGGCGUUUUGGCCAGCUCAAAACUGUACAAUCGUGCUUCACCUUUGCUGCCGAUGAGGACUUCCUUCAAAAUGACAUCCGGGUGAAACCUGACCUUGACGCCCUUGGUGCUCUAGGUGAUGCUGGUUGGUACUGCAUUAGAGCUAUUCUUUGGGCUGCAAAUUACGAACUGCCCAAGACUGUGACUGCUCUAAGGAUUACUGAAAAUGGUGCUCGGGUGAUAUUAUCUUGUGAUGCAUCUUUGCAAUGGGAAGAUGGCAAAGUAGCUACCUUCAAUUGCUCGUUCCUCUCCAACUUAACCAUGGAUAUAACAGCUAUUGGCACGAAAGGCACCUUGCACAUCAAUGAUUUCAUUAUUCCGUAUAAAGAAGCGGAGGCCUCGUUUUCAACAGUCUCUGAAGGUUGGUUUACUGACAUGGCCUUGGAAUGGAACAAAAAACCAAGUGAGCACAUUGUUACUACGGAUCUUCCUCAGCAAGCUCUUAUGAUCAAGGAGUUUUCAGCUUUGGUUGAUGGUAUAAAACGACAUGGCUUGCAACCAGAGAAGAAGUGGUCUACUCUUAGUAGGAAAACACAUCUUGUGAUUGAUGCUGUUAUAGCUUCUAUUGACAAGGGCUUUGCGCCAGUUGAGGUUUAGUGAUUGGCAUUUAUUGUUGUUGUUAUCCAUGCUUUGCGGGCUAGUAGGAAGUCGUGUUUGUUGUAUGAACCUUCUUGUUUUGGAUUAUGUGAACUUGUAGAUGUUUGGUAAUGACAGAUUACCUUAUAUCAAAUGGAAUAAGUACUACUUUUUAGCUCCAAUUUUAUUUAGAGUGAUAUUUGGCAAUGUAUAUCAUCUUUUGUUUUUAUUA